GCGAGCAAACGAACGCCCUGCUCUCCAAACUAGGCAGCUCGCUGUUCGGGGCCACCGGGUCGCCCCAGAAGGUGGUCACCAACAUCCGUGGGUUCCUCUCGAAUCGGCUGACCAGCGUUUCCAUCCCCGACACAGGAUGGAAAGACUCCAUCCUGCAACUGCCGAAGAAAUGGCUCUCGACAUCGGAAGCUACCGACGAGUUUGGAUUCCCCCAGAUGCUACCCAAGGUACCGCUCCCGACGGUGGAACAAACAAUGGCCGAGUACGUGCGGGUGCUGCAACCGAUCGUCACACCGCAACAGCUCGAGCGGACCAAAUCGAUCAUUAAGCAGUUUAGCGCCACGAUCGGCCCGAGCCUGCAGGAGUACCUGCAGGCGAAGCGGGAAGCCGACGACAACUGGGCGUACUACUACUGGCUCAACGACAUGUACAUGGACAAUCCGCUCCCGCUGCCGAUCAACUCGAACCCGGGCAUGGUGAUGCCACCGCGCAAGUUCACCACCGUUAACGAUCUGGCCCAGUUUGCGGCCCAGCUAAUCGACCAGCUGAUGGACCACAAGGAGAUGCUCGAGGGCGGCGGCUUGAAACAGGAACGGGCGACCUCCCGCGAGAAGGGGCAACCGUUGUGCAUGGCACAGUACUACCGGCUGCUCGGUUCCUGCCGCCGGCCGGGCGAUCCACGCGACAGCCAGUACCUGCCGCCGGGUGGAGAGCAGACCGACGCACACGUGAUUGUGUGCUGUCGCAAUCGCAUGUACUGCGUCCCGGUAAAGGCGGGCGAUCGUGGCCGGCUGAACGAGAACGAGCUGGCCGCACAGCUGCUACACAUUCUGAACGAAGCGCCCGGCCUGCCCGAAACUGAGGCAACCGUCGGCAUUCUUACCACCGAGCCGCGACCGAAGUGGGCCACCGAUCGGGAGCUGCUACUGCUGGAGGAGCAGAACGCCCGCAACAUUGAGCUGAUCGAGACGGCGCUGGUCGUGAUGUGCAUCGACGAGCCGAUCCCGCUGUCGUACAAUGCGCGCGGCUUCAAUGGGUCACCGGCCGGGGCACACUAUGCGGGCGGCCGGGACGAAAGCAACAUGGCGCACGAGAUGAUACACGGCGGGGGCAGUGCGUGCAACACGGCCAACCGGUGGUUCGACAAGACGAUGCAGCUCAUCAUCUGCAACGACGGCACGUGGGGCCUUUGCUACGAGCAUUCGCCGUCGGAGGGCAUCGCCGUCGUGCAGCUGCUGGAGGGCAUUCUGAAGCGCAUCGACGAGGCGGCGACGGCGAAGGAUGGCCCCGGCACGGCGACCGCGGACCGGCUACAGCUGCAGCAGUCCCAUCUGCCACCGCCGGAGCGGCUGGAGUGGAUCGUCCGGCCGGAGAUUGAGCGGCGGCUGCGCGAGGCGGCACGAUCGGUGGAUAAACGGAUUGAGGAUCUUGACUUCUACGUCUACCGGUACAAGCCGUACGGGAAGAACUUCAUCAAAGCCUGCCAGGUCAGCCCGGACGUGUACAUUCAGCUGGCACUGCAGCUCGCCUACUACAAGCUCUAUGGACAUCUGGUCAGCACGUACGAAAGUGCCUCGACCCGGCGGUUCCUGCUCGGGCGGGUCGACUGCAUCCGCUCCGCCAGCCUGGAGGCGCUCGAGUGGGCCAAAGCGAUGUGCCAGGGCGAGGGCGCGAACGUGACGCUCGAAAGCGACAAGGAGGACGACUACAGUGCCGAGGCCGCCGGGGAUGUCAAAAAAGUAACUUUCAGUAUUUACAGUAAGGACCAUCUGCGGGAGCUGUUCCGAUGUGCCGCCGCCCGGCAAACCGAGGUCAUGGUGCAGAACAUUCUCGGCUACGGCAUCGACAUCCAUCUGCUCGGGCUGAGGGAGGCCUGUCGGGAGCGGGAGGGGAUCUUGCACGAGCUCUUCACGGACGAGUGUUACAAGAUUGCUAACUGUUUUCUUCUUUCCACUAGCCAGGUGGCCUGCUCGACCAACAGCUUCAUGGGGUAUGGACCGGUCACACCGCACGGCUACGGUGCGUCGUACAAUCCGCACCCGAACGAAAUCAUCUUCUGCCUUUCGGCCUUCUUCACGUCGGACAAGACGAGCGCGUCCCGGUUCGCCCGCUCGCUGCAGGAUUCGCUCGACGCCAUGCGCGAUUUGCUCUCCUAAGCGGCAUCAUAACACACUUAAGAAAAAAAAAACCCUCUUCUUCUUACUAAAAACAAACAUGUUCGCUACUAAUUCGCUACUAUACAUCGCCGGUGGCCUUAAACGAACGAACACGAACACGGAGAAUGGAAUGGAGCGCAACGGAGGAUAAGGAAGAUCGUGAAGAUCGCUUGCAGUAGGAGCAAAGGUGUAGUGCGCUAAAGCGGACGUACACAUGAAACAUAUCAAGAAAACGAAACAUAUCAGUUUUAAUCCAAAUUGGUCUGUGUAAAGCUUUCGUAUCGUGCGAUCUUUCCCGGGAAGAUCCGGGAAGAUUCACACCGAUCGCGGAACAACCAAAGAAACGGAUACAUAUCAUUAGCUUGUAAGGGAAUGGUGGUGCUGGAAGGCAACUUUCCGCCCACCGAAUAGUGUUACUAUAUACAAAACUAUAACAACCGUAGGGACAAGGGAAGGAUAGGAAUUGUUUGUUUGUUUGUUGUUGUUGUUGCUAUUUCUCUCCCCUUGAAGGCGUGUGGGGCUUUCGCAUAGUAUUACACACGCGUUCCCCCCCCCCGCUGCUUAUUAUUGUGAUUUUACCCGUUAUUGAUUAUUAUCAAUUCAUCAAAACUGGAUAAUCGUGUAGUAGCAAUAUAUAUAUACAUAUACACCACUUCUGUUGAUCGCGUACAGCCGUAUGUCGUGCACCCGUUUGGUGAGACGUUCGUCCCCCUUUAAGGGUGGUGUGUGCGCGAUUAGAAGUUUUGGUUGAUUAAGCCCAAUGUAAAACAUUAGCAAUGAUGUAAGUGCAGCUAAAAUCCGUUGCUUAAUUCUAUCGCAUAUUGUUGAUGUAGUUGUGAUUCUUGUUGUUAAAGGAAACCCGAUUUUAAAGCACUCUCUAUUUAUCCAAUAACAUGAGACUAAAGCAUUUAGCAUUCCAACUGAUGGCAAGCGUUAAACCAUGCGUUGCGUUGUUAAUAAGUUCACUUCAAAAGGAACAUUGUAUCGAAAAAAAACAAGAUUAUUAGCAUAACAAGAAACAGGGCGACCACUUUCUUUCAGCAGGUCAAACGUACACUUAUAUUAUAUUAAACAAAUGCUUAGAAACGUUACUUGCUUACAGAGAUGUAUUUUAGUAAAGGAAAAACCCAAGAAUGCGUUUUAAACGUUACAGUUAUGUUAUGUGCUUUUGUUCAGGGCUUAUUUACACCAGAUUCAAGCAGGUCAUUAUUAUUGUAGCAAAUAUUUAACAGACAUGUUGAUUAAAAAUCCAUUUACAUGAGUUGCGCUACUGUUAAACAGCGCAACAAUAAAAAGGACAAAACUAUCAAAGUAUAUAAGUAACGUAUUAAAAAGGCUAUCCUAUUGAAGUAGCAUCGGAAAAUGCAUAGUGCACCCUGCAAACACAUUGGUGCAAGUGUGUGUGUGUAUGUGCGUUGGCAGUGCAUUUAUAGUUGUAGCAGUAGUAGUAGCACACACCUCCAUGGCAUGGCAUGAGCUCAGUAUAUACAUACAUACAUGUAUACAUAUUUAAUAUGCCCGCACAGUAUAAUCUUGUCCAUUCAUUAUUAGGCGCAUGGAAUCGAACGAUUCAGGUAAAAACGUAUAUAACAAUAUAUAUUAUUAACUAUUAGAAUAUUGGAAAAACCGAAAGAUUUCAUCACAAUCGUGUCGACCGAUAAUCGUUUGCAUCGUGAACAAUGCGUGAAUUCCCGUUUAGAAAGGUUAGUGCAGAAGAAUUUAACAGAGAGUGGCAGAAGAAGCCGAUAAAGAAGCCGUGCACGUGCACUGUCAAUUGGAAAAAUUGCUUCGAGCACUGGCUAGCUACAAUCGUUUGGGGCAAGUUGUGUCCGGCAAGGAAGGAGCUUCACGGUGCAUUGGACACAUUACUAUCGCACGCCAUACCCAUAUCAACACCAUUAGGAGCGAUUAACAUACAUAUCGAUUACAUAUCAGCUCUAUAAAAGCAUAGUAAAGGAAGAAAAAAACGAAACAAAUCCUACCACUUCAGCGGAUCAGACCCCGCCAAAGUGUCUCCUACACAUGUCACAUUUUUUAGCAACGAUGCCACGCGCACCACGCAUCCAUCGCUCUUAACGCAAGCAGCUGUUUGCAGUUUUGCGCGGUAGAGUAAACGCAGCAGCAAAAUGCAUGCAUUUGGCUGUGGCGCGUGGUAAUAGCGUUUAGGGAUUAUUCGCAGCCAUUUAGGCUGUGGUGUUAAGUAUGGUGUUGUUGUUCAAUGAGUACGAACUAUUGCUAGCAUUUAGUGGCGUGUGUAUACAUGUUUAGACGGGCGUUUUCUGUUAGUCUUAGCCUCGUGCCAGGUGGUGGUGGUUGGCGCAUACCGAGUAUUAAACUUGCUUUUAGCUUUUAGCAACGUGUUUAAAACGGUGUUUAACUCUGCUGUCGCUGUAGACUACUGCUGUGUUGUGCUUAUCCCGCGUAACAUAUGGUUUGAGUAUCAGCACACGAUCGAUUCGUGGCCAACUUCAUGGAACAGGCUUAAGUAAACAGUAAAAAUCACAUUUUACUCAGAACGUACUUAUUGAGGGAUUCUACUCGAAAUGCGAGUUUGGAGUGUUUAGUACAAUUUAAAAUGCCCCAUAAUCAUGAUGGUCUAUCGGCUGCCAUGCCCUGUUACACAGUAAGCCUGUUACGCAAAUGUCGGUCGUGUGCGUGUUGUGAGUGAACGUACUAUAAUGAAUCAAUAAUAAUAAAAGAAAUCAACUACCCGUACAGCAGAGCAAAACCAAAA